CACGUGACAAAUUACCUGCCUUUACUGAUUUGACAGGUUUGUUUAAUCUCAGCAUGUCGAGUAAGUUGACUGUGUGUGGAGUAUGUGAAUACCGCAACAUCAACAAAUCCUCGGUGGUCUGGUGUUCGGAAUGCGACGAAGGUCUUUGUGAGGAGUGUAAAGAGCAUCAUGCUGCUUCAAAGGGAUCAAGAGACCACAGUAUUGUACCAAUAUCCGAGUACCAGAAGCUUCCUUCCAAUAUAUUGCAAAUUACUCAAACUUGUCCAAAACACAAUGAAAAAUACGUUAUAUUUUGUAAGAAACACGAUAGUCCAUGUUGUAGACGAUGUGUUGUAGAAACGCAUGACGAUUGCAGAGAGUUGAAGGCGAUAGAUGACGUCAUUCGAAAUGUUAAAUCAUCAAAUGCAUUCUUAGAGAUGGAACAAAUGUUAGCAGAACUUUCGGAAAAUUUACAGAGAAUAAGAAAAGAUCGGCAAAACAACAUUAAAAUUCUGAAGGAGAACAAGACCAGAAUUGAAAUAGAGAUUGAGGAGACACGAGUAUUGAUUAAGAACCAUCUGGAUAAAUUGCAGGAAAGUCUGAUGAAAGAGUUGUAUGCCGCUGAGGAAAAGGAAAACAAGAAAAUCAGCCGUUUAAUAUCAUCUAUACAAGAGAAAGAAAGGGAGAUUACAGAAUGUCAGACCAAUUUAGAUAAAAUAAAACAAUAUGCCUCAGACCUGCAGACGUUUUUGGCUAUGAAACACAUCCAACAAGAUGUAACAAACAGCGAACAGUUUCUAGAAUUCUUAUGGAAAGAAGCAAAAAUGAGCGAUGUUACAAUUUCAUUUAAAAAAGAAAACGUUUUGGAAGCUCUUCCUAAAGCUAUAAACAAGAUUGGAACCAUUAUCUUAGAUACCAGGCUAAGUGAUACAACAUUAGCCAGCAGAAAGAACAAGCAAGCACAGACAAUGGUGCCUACCACACAUGUUUCUAACAUUGAUGAUCUUAAACUUACUUUAGGACAGACCGUGCAAACAAAUGGAAAAGAUAUCACUGGUUGUUCCUUACUACCUGAUGGCAGAAUGAUGUUUGCCUGCUACGCAAGAGGCCAUAUUAAUGUGAUGAAAACCGACGGGUCGUUAGAUUUCACAUUACAGCCAGGGUUGAUUACAACUAAUAUACACUUUACAGAGGAAAGUCAAAAACUUGUCGUAACAUCUGACAGGGACUAUUCAAUUACGAUAAUCGAUAUGAAAAACAGAAAAAGUGAAAAAUCGAUUAAUGUCGGGUCACAUAUUUAUGGAAUUGUUUAUAAAGAUGGCAAAUUGUUCUAUAAUGCAUCUAGUCGUGGAUUAUGUGUUGUAAGUUUAGAUGACGACUCUAUAACACAGCUAGUUAACGCUACUUUGUCUCCAUAUAGCAGCAUUGCAAUAUGGUCAGAUCAACUUUAUUAUAUAAACAAUGAUGAUUCAGUAACAUGUUGUGAUCUUCAAGGCACAUUUAAAUAGCAAUUAGAACAGAAACCAUUUCUACGAGGUGCACGGGGUAUUACGGUAGACAAAGACGGACGUGUUUACGUAUCGGGGUUUUAUUCUAACAAUGUCUUUAUCAUUUCACCAGAUGGAAAGAAACACAGACUGUUGCUGUCAGAGAAAGAUGGUCUUAAACUGCCACAAUCUUUAUUCCGUGAUCGCAAAAAUAACAAGCUACUAAUU